CCUUUUUCAAAUGUGCUUCACAUACAGAAUCAAAAUACUCCUAAUUCUAAUUGAAAAAAAGUUUCUGAGUUUGUGGAAAGGAGUCGCAUACACUCAAUUUUCUUGAUGUUAAUCAACCCCCUCUUUCAAAUCUGCAAUCUUUGUAUGAUAUCAAUCACAAAUCUUUGUUGUACAAAAUGGGUUUGUGAUAGAUUGUUGGGUUUGGAUUGUAGCAGGCAAUUCAUGGGGGACUUCUGCUGAAAAUGAUAAAACCAUUACUUUCUCCAAAUGCCUUGUUUUCAGACCAUUUGGGAUUUCUAUUGCAAAGAUGCCUGAAAUGCAAGGCACUGCAACCAGGGAAGCAAGUCCAUGCCAUGCUGUUAGCUUCUAGGAUUGACAUGAACAUUUUGUCCAUGAGCUCAAAGCUCGUGGGCAUGUAUGCAAGUUGUGGGGAUUUGCAGUCUGCAAGGCUUGUCCUAGAAAGAACUCAAAACCCAAAUGUUUUUGCUUUCAACUGGAUGGUUUCAGCUUUGGCCUUUCAUGGGUAUCAUGAGGAGGCAAUUGGGUAUUUUUCUUUGAUGCAGGAGUUGGGAAUUGUUGCUAAUAAGUUCACAUUCUCUAUUGUGCUUAAACAAUGUGUUGGUUUGAUGGAUUUUAAUAAGGGAAGGGAGGUUCAUUGUGUGAUAAGUAGAACUGGUUUUGGAAAUGUUGUUUCUGUGGCAAAUAGCUUGAUUGAUAUGUAUUGUAAAUGUGGGCAUGUGGGUUGUGGACGUAAAGUGUUUGAUGGAAUGAUUGAGAGGGAUGUGGUUUCUUGGACAUCAAUGAUUUGUGGGUACUGUAAUAUUGGGACCCUGGAGGAGGCCCUUGUUUUGUUUGAGAGGAUGAAGGUGGAAGGAUUAGAACCGAAUGAUUUCACUUGGAAUGCGAUGAUUGCUGGUUAUGCUAGGGAUGGAGAUUGUAAUGGUGCUUUUGUGCUGUUCUCUAGAAUGGUGAGAGAGGGGUUGGUUCCUGAUUUGGUUACAUGGAAUGCAAUGAUUUCUGGUUUCACUCAAAGUCUUAAAGCUGUUGAAGCUUGGAGAUUGUUUCAGGACAUGCUGGUUGCUGGGAUUAAGCCCAACCAGGUGACUGUCACUGGACUGCUUCCUGCUUGUGGAUUGAUGGGCUCGAUUCACAGAGGGAAAGAACUUCACGGCUUGAUUUACAGAAUGGGGUUUGACAUGAAUGUGUUUGUUGCUACUGCUCUUAUUGACGUGUACUCAAAAUGCGGGACUGUGAAAGAUGCUUGGGAUGUGUUUGAUAGGAUUCCCAUCAAGAAUGUUGCAUCAUGGAAUGCCAUGAUUGGAUGUUACGGGAAGCAUGGUUUGGUUGACUCCUCAAUUCAGCUAUUUGAGAGGAUGCAAGCAGAAGGAAUGCAGGCAAAUCACAUCACUUUGAUUUCAGUUCUUUCUGCUUGCAGCCAUGGUGGCCUAGUUGAGAAGGGUUUAACUAUCUUCAGGUCUAUGAAAGAGAAAUACGGGGUUGAGAUCAGCCAAGAGCAUUAUUCUUGUGUUCUUGACCUUCUAUGCCGUUCUGGCAGGAUGGUAGAAGCUUAUGAAUUAUUUAAGGAGAUGCCAAUUGAAGUUACAGAUUCAAUCGUUGGGGCUUUCUUCAAUGGCUGUAAAAUCCAUGGCAGAAGAGAUUUAGCUAAACUGAUGGCCGAGGAUAUUCUGAGGAUGGAGUUGAAAAGACCUGGAGGUUUUGUAACACUGUCAAAUAUUUAUGCUGCUGAUGGAGAGUGGGAAGAGGUUGAGAAUAUUAGGAAGGUGAUGAAGGAGCAAGGGGUCCAUAAGAAGCCUGGUUUUAGUUGGGUUGAGAAGAGGGACGGGUUUGUUGAAUCAGAAACCAGAAAUGAAUACAAAAUUGCUGAAACUGGAAUUGGUAUGCCCUCCUAGAAGUUAACAUUAAGGCAUCAGAAUUGCAUUGUUGAAACUGCAGAUUUUGACUAUUGUAACUUUGCUUGGCAUUUCGGGUACACCUACAGCAGGGGCAAAUUCAGAAAUUGUCAUUUAGUGCCCCAACUGAAAGAAAGGAGAUUUAUCCCUUUCCAAAGGACAAGGUCAAAUCCGAGCGAGACAUAAAGAAUCUAGUUAUCUAUGCACUGCUGGAAUCAAGGACCAGAUGGUCAGUGCCUAUACGCCUUGUGUAAUAUUUGAAUAGGAUUUUUUACUUUUUGCAGAAAAUUUUGUUGGUGUCCAUUUCAAAUUUAAUCUUCUUACCCCUUCUCGGGAUAUAUGAGGCCAUUACAUUACAAUUGCCCUUCAUUUUUGUAACAUCAUGAAUAUAUUCUGCGAGUACUUUGUUGAAGAGUAAUGCUCAAGGCACAUUAUUAGACCUCAUGAUGCUAAUAUAUGCAGCACAACAACUUUUUGGGAGUAGUACA